UCCCCGGAGGCGUUCUCGACACCCUACGAGUUCGUACAUCUCCAUGGAGGCGAAGGUUCCCUCCAUCUAAUACUGGCGCCUUUGGAUGCAGCGCUCGCUGUGGAAAGAGGCUGGGCGGUCCGGUUCCCCCUUGCUGGUGCAGGCAGCUGGGUGGGACAUGCCGAGGGAAGGGUUCUGGUGUAUGCGCCAAGGGACGAGGGGGAGGUGACGGUUGUCAAGCAGUUGGUGAAUGCAGGGUAUCAGUACCUGACAGGA